CCCCGCCCGUAUGCCGCUACCCCACCAACAGGAAGGCCAGGGCGGGCCGCUCGCAGCCCGCGUGAGCGGCACAGGGACCUGGGGACCGCCACGAGUCUGGGCGCAGAGAGGCGGAGGCGGCAGGGGAUGAAGAUGAGGGCAGAAAUGAGGCACCCGCGGUGCCUAAGCGUGGCCGCGGGGAUUUUGGCGCGGCGGCCUCCUCAUCCUCCCGCUGCCGCGCCUGCCUCCUCCCCGCCCGCCUCCGGCAGAGAGAUGCUGCUGCAGGCGGGUGGGUGGGCGCUCCUCCCUGCGUCAGGAGGUGCGGCUCCCCCGGCCCGGCGCUGCCCUCCCCUUUCCUCUCCCCCCGCCGCUUUUAUGUCUGUCUUUAAACGCCGCCGCAGUGAGGGUUGGGCACAUGUGGCUGCCACCGCCUGCCCGCCGCUGAGCCCCGCGCCCGCACGGCCCUGCUCGCCAUCCUCGCCCGGCCCCCCCUGUUCGCAGCUGGCGCCCGGCGGGCGGAGAUACUAUCAGUAGAGCAAGUGUUCAGAAACAGAAGUUCUUACUCUUGGUUCCCUGGUAUCAAGGACCCAUCAGGCACCAUCUUCAGUCUUUUUAUUCAGUAUUUUUUCCCAAGCAGAGGGAGAAUCUACUUCAGUGUCCAUCUGUUUCAGCUGAACGUCAUCUCCUUGCUUUUGUUUCAAAUUACAAAUGCCUAAGAACAGCAAGGUAGUGAAAAGAGAUCUAGAUGAUGAGGUCAUUGAGUCAGUUAAGGACCUGCUCUCUAAUGAGGACUCUUCAGAUGAUGCCUUCAAGAAGAGUGAACUUAUGGUUGAUGAUCCAGAAGAAAAAGAUGUAGAUGUUGAAGAAGGCUCAGAUGUAGAAGAUGAGAGACCUGCUUGGAACAGCAAACUCCAAUAUAUUCUGGCACAAGUUGGAUUUUCUGUGGGAUUGGGGAAUGUGUGGCGAUUCCCCUAUCUGUGUCAGAAGAAUGGUGGAGGUGCCUAUCUAGUGCCAUACUUAGUCUUGCUACUGAUAAUAGGGAUUCCACUCUUUUUCUUGGAGCUUGCUGUUGGGCAGAAGAUCCGUCGAGGGAGUAUUGGUGUGUGGAAUUAUAUCAGCCCCAAACUUGGAGGAAUUGGAUUUGCAAGCUGUGUAGUAUGCUUCUUUGUGGCCCUGUACUACAAUGUCAUUAUUGGGUGGAGCCUGUUUUACUUUUCCCAGUCUUUUCAACAUCCAUUACCGUGGGACCAAUGUCCUCUAGUUAAAAAUGCAUCUCACACCUUUGUGGAGCCAGAGUGUGAAAAAAGUUCUGCAACCACUUAUUACUGGUACAGAGAAGCACUGAAUAUUUCCAGCUCUCUGUCAGAGAGUGGGGGUUUAAAUUGGAAGAUGACUAUCUGCUUGCUGGCUGCUUGGGUCAUGGUAUGCUUAGCCAUGAUCAAAGGCAUUCAGUCUUCAGGCAAAAUCAUGUAUUUUAGUUCCCUUUUUCCAUAUGUGGUACUUUUAUGCUUUCUGAUCAGAGGAUUGCUCCUUAAUGGGUCAGUGGAUGGAAUUCGUCACAUGUUCACCCCUAAGCUUGAAAAAAUGCUGGAGCCCAAAGUGUGGAGAGAAGCUGCUACUCAGGUGUUCUUUGCCUUAGGGCUUGGAUUUGGUGGAGUCAUUGCCUUUUCAAGCUACAACAAGAGAGACAACAACUGCCAUUUUGAUGCUGUACUGGUGUCCUUCAUCAAUUUUUUCACUUCUGUCCUGGCAACUUUGGUGGUGUUUGCAGUUCUGGGCUUCAAAGCCAAUAUCAUAAAUGAAAAAUGUGUUACCCAAAAUUCAGAGAAGAUUUUAAAACUUUUGAAAAUGGGCAAUCUCAGCCAAGAUAUCAUUCCACAUCAUAUCAAUUUCUCAAGCAUUACAGCAGAAGAUUACAAUUUAGUUUAUGACAUUAUACAGAAAGUGAAGGAAGAACAGUUUGGUUCUCUUGGUCUGAAAUCUUGUCAAAUUGAAGAUGAACUUGACAAGGCAGUUCAAGGAACUGGUUUAGCUUUUAUUGCAUUUACAGAAGCAAUGACCCACUUCCCUGCUUCUCCCUUCUGGUCAGUCAUGUUCUUUCUCAUGUUAGUAAAUUUGGGACUUGGAAGUAUGUUUGGAACCAUUGAAGGCAUUAUCACGCCCAUUGUUGAUACCUUCAAGGUCAGGAAAGAAAUUCUUACUGUUAUCUGCUGCUUGGUAGCGUUUUUUAUUGGCCUGAUCUUUGUGCAGCGCUCUGGAAAUUAUUUUGUGACAAUGUUUGAUGACUACUCAGCUACUCUGCCCCUGCUUAUCGUGGUAAUUUUGGAAAAUAUUGCAGUCAUCCGAAUUUAUGGAAUAGACAAAUUUAUGGAGGACCUGAAGGAUAUGCUGGGGUUUUCUCCAAGCCAGUAUUAUUACUACAUGUGGAAGUAUGUUUCACCCUUUGUAUUGUUAUGUUUGCUGGUAGCUAGCAUUGUCCAAAUGGGAUUGAGUCCUCCUGGUUACAAUGCUUGGAUUGAAGAUACGGCUCAGGAAGAGUUCCACAGCUAUCCAACAUGGGGAAUGAUUGUCUGUAUAUCUUUGAUGGUGUUGGCCAUACUGCCAGUCCCAAUAGUCUUCAUGGUACGCCGUUGCAACCUUAUCGAUGACAGUUCUGGUAGUUUGGCAUCUGUAUCCUACAAAAGAGGUCGGAUAAUAAAGGAACCUGUUAAUCUGGAGGGAGAUAAUACAAGUCUGAUUCAUGGGAAGAGUCCAAGUGAAGUGCCGUCUCCAAAUUUUGGCAAAAACAUCUAUCGAAAACAGACUGGCUCACCAACUCUGGACACGGCUCCAAACGGACGCUAUGGUAUUGGCUACCUGAUGGCAGAUAUGCCUGACAUGCCAGAGUCUGAUUUGUAACCACAGAACAAAAAAAAGUGCUGUUUCUUUCUUCUCUCACUGAUCACGGCCCUGCUGUGAGAAGUGGCCAGCGUCACUUACUAGGGUGCGAUCUCAGGUGCUCCAUAGUGACAGUCUUUAAAAUGUCAUGACUGUGCGUACUGGUUGAGGAAAUUCACGUUGGAUUAAUUCUCUGAGGUUUUAUUUGCACUGAAGGAAACAAUCAAAUGCAAUGGCAGAGCCUACAUCUGCCAGCAUAGCCAAGAAUUUGAUUUUUUAAUUAACGUCUAAAUUUAAAGCUUUCUAUUUCUGAAGCCCAGGUCUCGCUCAAAUGAUAAAAUAUUUCUGAGGUUAUAUCAUUGAAAAUAAAUUUUUUUCUGCUGAAUUUCAGGUUCACUACCAAGUAUUAAUGGUGAGCUCAGUAGUAGUUCACCAAACCUGUGUUUGUGUAAACACCUGUAUAUACCUUAUGUAGAUAUGCUGUACUUAUUUUAUUAGCACUGAUAAUUACUUAGGCUAUUAGCUGAGUAAAAAACAAACCUGCAAACUAUUUUCUUAUGUAAUAGCUGUAUAGAGCAAUAGUAUUAGAAAAUCAAGGAGUAGACUUAUGGGAAGGCGAUCAAAGAUUCCCUGUUCACUGGGGACUGCGUAAACUGUGGCUGUAUAUUUUGUGUAAAAUACUUGCUUUUUCAGUGUGAAAAUAAUGUUAGAGUGAGUCACUCCAAGAAUCUUAAGGAUUGUGCAGAUUCUGCAUUUUUUUCUAUGCUGUGUGCCUAAAAAAGACCUUGAUAUUUAUUGUGGUUACAAGAUUACAUAUAUAUUAUAUUUAUAUAAUAUACUUGUAAUGUAAAUAUGUAUAUUAUUCUGUAUGUAAUCGUUUCAAAAGUUGAAGCAAGAUGGCUUUUUUAAUUAGUAUCCUUCAGUUUUGCUUCUGUUUUAUGCAGAUGAUUUCUUUUCAGUCCGUAAAUGUUAAGAAUUGUAUGGCAUUACAUUUUAACCAACGAAUAAAGAGAUUGAUAAGGUAUUUCACUGUGAUAUCCUGAUACACUUAUUAUAACACAGCCUGCUUUUUCCUCAUCUGGACUACCUGAAAGAAUGACAUUUACUCAAUGAAUAGAGAUGCUAAAAAAACUUUAAAAUAAAAAAAUUAGUCAUAAUAAACUUUUGGACAGGGCCAUUUACUGUGAGUACAGGAGGUGAUGUGGUGUUGUAAACUGGCAGGAUAUGCUGGAAGCUGGUACAUGAUCUACUCCUUACCUUAAAGUGUUUUAAAAUUAGGAAUAAAUUCUGACUUUUCUACCUCUAAUAAGCAAAGGGGAGAACUUGCUUACAUUGCCCCAGCAUCAAAGAACUAGAUUAAUUUAUUUGAGGUAAAUGCAAGUCUCUGAGGCUGUCAAGACUACAGUUUUGAGCAUGUCAGUAUGGAAAAGCUAUGACAAAUAAAUGGAAAGAUGCAGAAUUUUAAACCAAAAUACUUCAGCAACUUGAUAAAAUUCCUUAUGGAUUCCUUCUGUCACAGGAGAAUAAUCUCAGAUAAUUUUCCACUUUUAACAUGAGAGCUUUCAAAAUAAUUUCCAAUCAUUGGAAAGUUGAACUAGAAGCAUUAGUUGACAAAAAGCUAUAUUUAAUUAUCAGGCUUAUUUUGCAUGUGAUAGAAAUUGUACACCUUAAAAAGUAUUUAAAGAAGUCCUCUAAAAUGGAGGAACAUAGGGGGUAGAGUUGACAUAAUUUAAGCAGCUUGUUCUUUUAUAACUGAUGUAUUGGCAAUGUUAUCCUUUGUGUAGUGGCUCACCAUUAGAGACAGAGCAAGCAGCAGCAAAUUUCCACCAUCAUACCACAUCAAGCUUCUAAUGUGACUCUUCGAGGUAGUUGCCAUGCAUCCCUCUGUGCCCAGUCCACAGGGUGCACAAUUCUGUUCUUACAGAUAAGUUACCUGUACUGACAUAUGCUUUUACUUUUAUAAACCCUAGUUUUCAAUGUGGAGUCAUGGUCAAAUGGUUGCUGCUACAGAAGAGCUCUUAAAAUGAAUGUGAGCAAGAUCUUACAAUUAAGGUGCAAUAACUACUUCUGUUAAUGCAUCACAAAGGGGACUAAUGCUGCUUUAGCUGACUGCUGAAGAUUAUUCUGCUGGGAAUAUAUGUCUGCCCUUUUGCUCUUUAUUUCAACACUUUUAAUGAGUAUUAAGAUUUUUGACUCAUUUAAACCACUAGUUCUCAAUUGGUUACUUCCUAUUAACUCCAGUUAGCACAUCACCUCAGCUUCAUGAAAUGUUUCAGGCUUGAGAAAGCCCAGAAUGUGUGUCCUGUCUGCUGUCAUAUUCAAUUUGUAAUUUGAUAAUAACUAUGAUUGAACAUGCUCAAGUGCUGAAGUUCUUUAGCUUUGGUUUAGUAUGAUGGUCUCUUAAAAAGUCACAAUCUGUCCAGCCUAAAGAAGCAGUACUGGUCAAAAAAAGCAGAUGUGAAGAUUAAAAAAAUCUAAAAGUAAUUACUAUAAAGUGUG